UCUGCAACCUUGACCGCCGUCUCAUCUCACAGUUGGUGAUCUUCACAGUUGCUGUCUCUAUUAACAACAAUGGAACAACGUUCGAGAAAUCUAGGUUUUGUGAAGGCGGAUAUGAUGAAUCAGUUGCCUGAAGCUUUGAUACUGCGGAUACUGUCUUUUCUUCCAACAAAAACUGUCAUAACCACUAGUGUUUUGUCUAAACAAUGGCGGUCUCUUUGGAAGUUGGUCCCAAAUCUCGAGUUUGAUUCUGAGGAUUACGAAAGUGAACACCAUACAUUUUCAGAGAAUGUUUGCAAGGUUUUCCUUUCACAUAAAGCUCCGGUUCUAGAAAGUUUGCAUCUCAAAUUUAGAUCACAUGAAGUUAGUCCUGUAGAUAUUGGACUUUGGGUUGGAAUUGCGUUUGCUCAACAUUUGCGUGAAUUGGUACUCCAUUGUCUUCCUCAGCAAGAAAGAUUCACAUUUCCUAGUAGCUUGUGUACUUGUAACACACUUGAGACUUUGAAACUCAAGUCUUUUCUUGUUGAUAUACCUUCUCUGGUUCUUAUGAAGUCUCUUAGAACUCUGCAUCUUGAAUUUUUGGAGUUCACGGAUGAUGAAUCUAUUUGCAACCUUUUAUCUGGAUGCCCUAUUCUUGAAGAUUUGGUUAUGGAUCGAACUGGCACUUAUGAUGAUGUUGUGACUUUCACUAAUUCGGUGCCGUCUUUACAAAGACUAUGGAUUCGUGAAAACAGUCAUGGAGAAGGGACUAGAGGAUACAUGAUAAACGUUCCUUCUUUGAAUUUCUUGGAAAUUGAAGGGUUAAAAGGUUUUGACUUAUGUCUCAAUGCACCGGAGCUGGUUGAGGCAUAUUUAUUUGAUGGUUCUUAUAUAAUCACAGAGAAGUUUCUUGGUUCUUUAAAGGCAGCCAAACAUCUUUCCUUGGAUCUAUCACCACCCUUGGAGAUUACAUAUCCUAUUGGAAGUAUCUUCUAUCAGCUGGUAUCUCUAGAGAUUGGUACAGGUAAAGCAGAGUGGUGGAAUCUACUUACGGUCAUGCUUGAUAACUCUCCUAAACUACAAGUACUCAAGCUCAUUGAUGAAUAUCUAAAUUUUAAUAAAAUUUAUGGUUUGGUCUGCGGCAAAUGGAAUGAGCCAAAGUGCGUUCCUAAAUGUUUGUUGUCUCACCUCGAGACAUUUGCGUGGACAAGAUACAGUUGGGAAAGAGAAGAAGAGAAAGAAGUGGCUACAUACAUUCUAAAGAACGCAAGACUGUUGAAGAAGGCAACUUUCUCCACAAAUCCCAUUGAAUCGAAAGAGCUCAACAAGUUAGAAAAAAGACGUAUGAUGCUCAAUGAAUUGGAUGGUGUGGUCAGAGCUUCAAAUUCUUGUCACCUUGUGUUCGAGUUUGAUUCAUCUUAUAUGUAACCGGUUAGAGGGAUUUACAUUGGGUUUGGAUCUCCAAGAUGGUUCUACUUCUAGCUCCUUUUCUCCUCUGUUUCAAAACAGAGUCCGCCUAACGACCUUGGCACGUGAGCCUGCACGUGGGACUAUUUAAGUCACAAUCUGAGAGCCUCUAUCUGUACCAUAGUCCAAUAGAAAAGAUGAAGAAACAAGUGUAUCAAACACUCUUGGCUUGUGCUACUCUAGAAGUCUGAACCCUUCUUCUUCGGCUCCUUCAAUCAGUCUUCAAGCUUCGUUUUGAAUAGUGAAUCCAAUUGAUUUCAAGUGAAUCAUUAACUAACACAGAUUAGUAUAAGCCAACCAAAUCAUUCUCUAAUAGAUUAUCAACAUUUUGCUGCAUCUCACACUAUUGGAUCAUUGGCUCUGAACAGAAGAAUUAUAAUAAACAAUUAAGCAUAUAUAGAAAUUGGCCUCUUAUUAAAUUGGUCUGUAACAUAUUUUUGAGCU